CAAGCCUUGAAACCCCGGGCGGUUUUAGAGUUCUCAGAGAGGCUCCUCACAACAAGUGGCUGGUGUGCACCUGGGCCUCUUGGAUUUCCCUUUCAAAAAUGGGAGUAGAGGGAUCUCGGGCACUGAAGGGGGACCAUGGGCAGUGUGAGGGCAGGCACACGUGAUGGUGGGGUGCAUUGGCGGGAAGCUCGGUGCCAACUCUCCUUCUGGGCUGCCAGAUUUCCUGAAUGCGGCUCUUUAUGAAACAGCUCCUCCAUGGCAAGGGAAAACUGGUGAAGAUCCUAAUGUAUGAAAAUGAAGUCCCAAGCAACCAUGAUUUGCUGUUUAAUGUUAUUUCUGGCCACAGAAUGUUCUCACUAUAGAUCCAAGAUGCACAGAAAGGAUGGAGAUAAACCUCAACAUCCUGAAGGGAAACUCAAGACUGGAAGGAUACAAGAGAAAUGCCAUGAACCUUGCAUCACCACUUCCAACUGCAGCCAGCCCUGUGCUCAGCACUUUCGUGGAGAAAUAGGAUUUACAUGUCAUCAAAACAAGUGGCAAAAAUCAACUGAAACAUGUACAAGCCUUUCUGUGGAAACACUCUUUAAGGACUUCAAUAGUGCGUCACGCCUUUCCCUAGCAGCAUCAUCCAUACCUGUACAUGUACUUGAUUUUCGAGCUCCAGAGCCCAUGGAGAGUGUAGCCCAAGGAAUCCGCAGGAACUGUCCAGUUGACUAUGCCUGCAUACUCGAUGUUGUGAAGUCAUCAGAAGCCACAUCUGGAAACAUUGCAUUUAUAGUGGAGUUAUUAAGAAAUAUUUCUAUAGAUUUGUCUGAUAAUGUUACCCGAGAAAAAAUGAAGAGUUAUAGUGAAGUGGCCAACCACAUCCUUGACACAGCAGCCAUUUCAAAUUGGGCUUUCAUUCCAGACAAAAAUACCAGCUCAGAUUUGUUGCAGUCAGUGAAUCUGUUUGCAAGGCAACUCCACAUCCACAAUGAAUCUGAGAACAUUGCGGAUGAACUCUUCAUUCAGGCAAAAGGGCUUCUCAUCAACCACAAUACCUCAGAGAAAAAGUUCAAUUUCUCUGUGAGCAAGAACAAUACAACAGAGGGUAUCUUAGGAGUAAUAGAAAUUCCCAGACAAGAGCUGUGGAAGCUGCCACCAAAUGCAUCCCAAGCCAUCAGCAUAGCUUUUCCCACGUUGGGGGCCAUAUUGAAGGAAGUCCACUUACAAAAUGUGAGUCUUCCUAGACCUGUAAAUGGUCUCGUCCUUUCAGUGAUUUUACCAGAAGAAUUGAAGCAAGUCUUAUUCACCUUUGAGAAGAUCAACAAGUCCCGGAAUGCCAGGGCCCAGUGUGUUGGCUGGCACUCCAGGAAAAGGAGGUGGGACGAGAAUGCAUGUGAAACCACAUUGGAGAUCAUGAACAAAGUGAAAUGUUUGUGUAACUACACCAACAUGGUGAUGUCCUUUUCAAUUCUAAUGUCCCCCAAAUCUAUAGAAAACAAAGUCCUUGACUACAUCACCUGCAUUGGGCUCAGCAUCUCCAUCUUUAGCCUGAUUCUUUGCCUGAUCAUUGAAGCCAUGGUGUGGUCCCGGGUGGUUGUGACAGAGAUAUCAUACAUGCGUCAUGUGUGCAUCGUGAACAUAGCUGUGUCACUCCUGAUUGCUAAUGUGUGGUUCAUCAUAAACUCUAACUUUCACAAAAAGGUCCAGGACUCCAACUGGUGUGUUGCACUGACAUUUUUCAGCCACUUUUUCUACCUCUCUCUGUUUUUCUGGAUGUUCUUCAAAGCACUGCUCAUCAUCUAUGGGAUAUUGGUUGUUUUCCGUAGGAUGAUGAAGUCCCGCAUGAUGGCCAUUGGCUUUGCCAUUGGCUAUGGGUGCCCCUUGAUCAUUGCUGGCACCACAGUUGCUGUCACAGUGCCAGAGAAAGGCUACAUGAGACCUGAUGCUUGUUGGCUUAACUGGGACAAUACCAAAGCCCUUUUAGCAUUUGCCAUCCCAGCCUUGGUCAUUGUGGCUGUGAAUCUUGUGGUGGUUUUGGUUGUUGCUGUCAAUACUCAGAGGCCCUCUAUUGGAAGUUCCAAGUCUCAGGAUCUGGCCAUAAUUAUGAGGAUCAGCAAAAAUGUUGCCAUCCUCACCCCGUUGUUGGGACUGACCUGGGGUUUUGGAAUAGCUACACUUAUAGAAGACACUUCCUUGAUAUUCCAUAUAAUCUUUGCCCUCCUCAAUGCUUUUCAGGGGUUCUUUAUCCUGCUGUUUGGAACCAUUAUGGACCGCAAGAUAAGAGAUGCUCUGAGGAUGAGGAUGUCUUCACUGAAGGGAAGAUCAAGGGCCGCAGAGAAUGCAUCAUUAAGCCCAACCAAUGGAUCUAAAUUAAUGAAUCGUUGAAGAUGAGAUAGUCAGGGCCCAGUAUUGAGCAAUGGGGCAAAGCCAAGAGUUGAAACAGUGGAAUCACAGACAUUCUGAGUUGGUGGACCUCUUAAGGGACCUGCUACGUUACAGAUCCUACAAACCUCAUGUUGUGCUGCUAUGGGACAUUGGCUCAUGGUCCCCGGGAGAGAAAGAGGGGUUUGUCAUACAUGCUGUCAGGCAUUGUGUGGGGUGCUGGGAAAACACCAGCAUAUUAUCCUUAAUUAAUUAUCUUCACAUUUGGGUUUUUAUGUCAGUAAUUUAAAAGUGGGGAGGAGAGAUAUCAUAGUCUUUUAAAAAGGGGAACUCUCCCACCUCUCCUCAUUUCCUAGUCCACAGAGCUCCUCCACAGUGGAACAUCACUAUAACAUUUCUUGAUUCGUCACUACUCAAGAGGUAAUUCAAAUGACCUGUGAAAGGUCAGCUUUCACAGUUGACCUUUCCAUUAAGUUCAGAUUUGACCUAUUUUAGGAAGUUUGUUAGACUGUUUCAGGUAGAGGAGGAUCUGCCUCCUGGGGAUACUAAAUCUAUGCCUUCUAAAGGAGAGAGGCUGGUUGAAGUCUAAUCUCCAGCGAGCUGAGUGGACCAGGUUGGCUGUAGUAAAAAUUGGAUAAAACCAAUAGAACUCAGGAUCUGGACCGAUCUCCUACCUGGAAUUAGGGAGGUGCACAAAGCUUCCACGACAGGGUGGGAGAAAGUGUAGGGAGGAGGUGGAGAUGUACUAACAACUCCCCAAAAAUAAUCCUCACCACAUGAUUCUUCAACUCUUGUUUUUGAACCUGUGAGGUAGGGGAUGAACUGAAGAUUGCAUUUUCUCAUUGUAUCCUUCAUAGGUGGCCAAGUGCCUAUCGAAUUCUCUCAGUACUUGGAGCUGUGCUUUUUACAUGCGGACACACAUGGAACCAGAAGGAUUAGAAACAGCAGCUGACACUGGUGCAGACCGUUUUAGGGGUGCAACGAGUUAGACAUCAGGGAUAGGAAAUUCACUAUAAGUGAAUGGAGACCUAGGAGCACAAGAGGGGUUUCAGCAGGAUGGGGGUGGGGGGGCGGUGCUCCAUCCAUGGGUUAAGGUCAGAAUUAUGGAACAUAAUUAACAUGUUCAGCAACAUAGGGGAUGGGGGAGGUUUGGUAAGUGCAGGGCAGGUUGCAGCCCAAGGCAGGGCUAAACCACAAGGAAAAGGCAGUAUUUCAAACUUUAAAUCAGGGUACAAAAUUGAAGACUGCCAGAGUCUGAGGAAAUACGCAGAAUUCCAUUGGUGAGACAGGGGCCAGGAGUUCCGAAUUGGACUCUUAGGACUUGUGACCUUGAGCGUGGGUGGAAGCUAUCCCAGUGACCUAUCCCAGUCUAUAUCCCAGUGGUCUAUCCCAGUGACCUCAGGUUUGAUGGCUCUUAGAAACGAGGUCAGGAAAGGUUUGUUAGGAGGUCUGGAGAUCAGGGAAGGACUGCAGAGGUGUGUGAAUCCCAUUCUGGAGGCAGAGAAGAGAGAGA